AUGAAAUUAAUUUUAAUAUUUAUUUUAUCAAUAAUUAUAAAUUGUUGUUUUUCAAUAAUUCCAACAUCAAUUAGAUUAGCAUUUACAAAGAAUCAAGAUGAAGUUAGAGUUACAUGGUGGACAGAUGAAGCAAUGGAAUCACCAAUCGUAUUAUUUAAUAAUGAAAUGUUUGUACCAAAUCAAGAUUCAGUCAAUGGAAUUGAAGCAACCGUUAUGAGUUAUGAUACAUUAGGAUUUCAUGGUCAUCCAACUACUGCAAUUUUAACAGGAUUACAAGAAAUGACUCAAUACUUUUAUUCAAUUGGUAAUAAACAUAGUGAUGAAUAUUCAGAAGUUUUUAAUUUUACAACAGGAAAAAUCAAUCAAAUCGGUGGUCAAGUUACACCAUUCUCUCUUUCAAUUUUUGGUGAUAUGGGAUAUGGUGGAAAAGGAUUAGAUUCAGAUUUCUAUACAGUUGCAAAUUUAUAUGAACGUUCAAAUGAUUUAGCAUUCAAUAUUCAUGUUGGUGAUAUUGCAUACGCUGAUGAAACUUGGGAGACUGCAAUCAAUGGUAAUCAAACUAUUUGGAAUCAAUUUUUAGAUUCAAUUAAUCCAGUAUCCUCUCAUUUAAUCUAUAUGACAUGUCCAGGUAAUCACGAUAUUUUCUAUGACCUUUCAGUUUAUCGUCGUACUUGGUUAAUGCCAACUGAUGAUAAUGAUCAAGUAUCUUGGUAUUCAUUUGAUUAUAAUGGUGUUCAUUUCGUUGGUAUCUCUUCUGAACAUGACUUUUUACCACUCUCUCCACAACAUACUUGGAUUGAAAAUGAUUUAAAAAAUUUUAGAUCAAAUAAUCCUGAUAAUUUUAUUAUUAUGUUUGCUCAUAGACCAUUUUAUUGUUCAACAGUUUGGAAUUGGUGUAAUACUACUGAAGAUUAUUUAAAGAAAGCAUUUGUUUAUUCACUUGAAAAUUUACUUUAUAAAUAUAAUGUUGAUAUGUUUAUUUCUGGUCAUACACAUUCAAGUGAAAGAACUUUACCAACUUAUAAUGGUCAACCAAUUGGUACCUAUUCAAAUCCAAAAGCUACGAUUCAUAUCACUGUUGGUACUGGUGGUAACUCUGAAGGUAAUCAACAUCAUUGGUAUCCACAACCAAUUUGGUCAAGUGGUUAUAGAAUUUCUGAUAAUGGUUUUGGUUUAAUGAAUUUUAUAAAUUCUACAACUUUAUCUUGGCAAUUUGUUGCAAAUAUUAAUAAUACAAUUAUUGAUGAAAUUUUCAUUACCAAAGGUCAAUUUUAA